AAGAAACUGGAAAUUAAGAGCCGAAUGGGAGUAGUGAAGAUCUGACAAAACUUCAUUUAAUUUCUUUCUUAUUUCUUAAUUAAUGAUUGCAGUUCAUGAUGAUGAUGAUCAAGAAACCAAGAGAUUUUCAUGGCAGUAUCAAACAGAGACCGACUCUUUUUUUUUUUCUCUCUUUUACAAGUUUCAAACUUCAAACACAAUCCUUUUUUAGUGACAGAAAAAUUAAAUGCAUUCACUCUCUCUCUCUCUUGGCCAAUCGUCCACUCUUUCUUGAUUAUGUACUAGUGACACUUGAUGCAUUUGAUUUUGUAGUAUCUUAAAUACGUACACCAUUUACUGAAUCAAACGCUCUUUCUCUCUCUAUAUCUCAUGAUUUUUAUGUAACCACUUUAACCAGUAAGUAAUCCAGAAAAAGAGAAAAGAUGAACCCAUAACCAUAACGGUCUGCAGACUCUGCACCUCCACCAUUCUCUCUCUCUCUCUCUCUCUCUCUCUGAGUCCUCCCAUCAACUGUUCUCUUCCUCAAUUCACAUGAGAUCGCGUGGGGUAACAGAUAAGCAGUAAAACAGCUGCCACCUCCCCACCACCUUUCAGCUUCCAUUUGUGGUGAUCCAAGCACGUAAUUCUUCAUGACAUUUUCCUCACAAAAUGAUCCUCCUUGGGAAAUUAAUAUAUUCCCUCUCGUACAGAGAGAGAGAGAGAGAGAGAGAGAGAGAGAGAGGCACUUGGCGUGUUGAGUUGGAAGUACUCAGAACUACUACUAUCACAAGAAAACACAAAUGUAAGGGGUGAGGGCAAAAUAUGGGAAGCGGUAGGAAAGCGAAAACCCAAUACUCACAGCUGUGAUCUUAUGUCCUUUUGUAAGAACCCCUCUCUCUCUCUCUGAUCUGGGUUUUUGCGAUCUUGCCUUUUUAGGCCUUUCUAUUGAUUCUUUCGAUCUUCACGGCUUAACCACCCUUCUUAUCUGUACUAGUGCCUACUGCUGCUCUCUUUACUUGUAUUAUCAUGGUUGAUUGGGUGGGGGGGCUCAUCUACCGAGGCCCAGCUUCUACUGUAUUUGGGGUUAUUUUCUCUCUUCCUUUUCAGGCUUCUGCAAUACUCUUUUGUCCUUUGAUGUGCCACCAUCUCAUUAAAGUUUAACUAUUCUAGCGAGAGAGAGAGAGAGAGAGAGAGAGAGAGAGAGGUCUUUUGUGAGUUAUUGGUGGCAUUCAAUUACUGAACCCAAUCUCCCUUUUCAGUGCCUUUUUCAGUGAAUACUUCUCUUAUUUGCUUCACCAUUUAAUCUCUACCGCUCCUCCAUAUCGCCUUCCAACUCUCAUUUUCUUUGUGACUUUUGUCUCAAGACUCUCAACAUCUCUCCAUCCACAAUCUUUCUCACUCUCCCUUCCCAUUCUUCUUUCAUUAAUUCACUCAAAGUCUCAGAAAUGGGUUCUAAUCAAGAUUACUCCCCUUGUACCCAUAGAUGUCCCUAUCUUAUCAUUUCUUUCUUCAUUCUUCUGGUUUCAAGCUCGACCCAAGUGAGAUUAAUGGCAGAAGGUAGAGCAGUUUUGAAACUGGCUGAGGUUACUCAUCAGAUGGGUAGUGAAGAGAAGGCAGUGGUGAUAAGCCAUAUUGGUUCGAGGCCUCCAAGAUGUGAGAACAAGUGUAGCUCUUGUGGACACUGUGAAGCAGUCCAGGUUCCAGCAGUUCCACAACACAGAAGUGGCAACACUAGACAUUCUUCCUCCAAAGUGUCAACCAUAGCCUACUCCAGAGGUGAAGAUAACUCAAACUACAAGCCCAUGAGUUGGAAGUGCAAAUGUGGGGAUAUGAUCUUCAAUCCAUGAUUAAUGAAGUAAAAUACUCUUCAUAUAUCAGGAAUUAUCCAUUCUGUAAUUAAUCUCUUUUGCAAAUUCCAAGAGUGAAAACAUAUAUUAUUUUGUUUUAAUGGUUUUUUAAUGUUUAGUAUUGUUGUAGUGUAUCUUCUGAUAAAAUAGCAGGUGGGUUCUUCGUUCUCCACCCCAAAGGCCUUCCUUUUUUAUUCGUACAGGGACUCAUCAAGUGGGGAAGAUAUGUAGACCAGAGAAUCUGUAAAUUUUAUUAAUGCAAGCAGAGAUUCUGUACC